UCUUCCGCGUCACUGGCACAUCCACCACCACCACCAGUCUGCCUCCUAGCUAGCUCCCGAUUAGGUCAGUCAAAUACGCAAGGUGGUGGCGGUGGUCAAACCAAGAUCAGAGGGAAAAAGUUCAGAGAUCGAAGGUGGAGCAUCGGAGGCAUGGCGGCAAGCGGCCCCUGCCCGAGCCUGACGACGAGGAGGCUCAACCGGCGUCGCUGUCGCCGGCGUCGGUGCCGACGACCAGUCUAGAGCGCCGCCACUUCCCCCGGCAGAGGCGGCAGCAGCAGCAGAUAGUGCUCGGACGGGGUGGGGCUGGUGUGGAUUGCGAUGAGUACUGGCCCGCGCCGGCACCGGCGCAGUACCAUGUGCAGACCCAUCAGCAGCAAGGCGCGUACUACUCCACCAUGGCGUACUACGACGUCGGCGCGGGCUCCUCCGCCACCUCGUCGCAUCAACGACGACCGGACCACCUGGCCGCCGCAGCCGUGCCGCCGGCGGCCGCUGGAUCUCAUCAGCAGGCGACGCCGGAAGCUGGAACUGCUGCUGGUGUUGCCACGGCUGGGCAGGCAGUGGAGGUGCAGGAACAAGGUAACGUGACGAGAAGCAGGCACUACCGUGGCGUGCGGCGGCGGCCGUGGGGCAAGUGGGCGGCGGAGAUCCGUGACCCCGCCAAGGCGGCGCGCGUGUGGCUCGGCACCUUCGACACCGCGGAGGCCGCCGCCGCAGCGUACGACGACGCCGCGCUCCGGUUCAAGGGCGCCAAGGCCAAGCUCAACUUCCCCGAGCGCGUCCGAGGCCGCACCGGCCAGGGCGCGUUCCUCGUCAGCCCUUGCGUCCCCCAGCAGCAGCCGCCGUCGCCGUCUUCCAUGCCAACUGCAGCCGCGCCGUUCCCCGGCCUGAUCCGGUAUGCGCAGCUGCUCCAGGGUUGGAACAGCGGGAGCAUCGCGGCCAGCAACACCGGUGACCUCGCGCCGCCGGCGGCCUUGCCAAUGCCGCCGGCACAGGCGUCGUCGUCGGUGCAGAUUCUGGACUUCUCGACGCAGCAGCUCCUCCGGGGCUCGCCGACAACGUUCGGCGGCCCACCGCCGCCGACGUCGGCAUCGAUGUCCAGGACUAGCAGAGUAGAUGAGGCGCACGAGAGUUGCAAUGCUCCUGACUGAUUUUUUUUUUCGAACGAACGAAAGCCUGACUAAUUUUUGUUAAGCAUGAGUGCCAAAAUCAAUAUGAUCAGGGGAUCUCCCAAAUUCUGGCCUA